GUUUGUGCAGCCUUUUUGGAUUCCUGGGACCAGUUUGGAAGGUGGACACUUCAAAGUGAAUUUUGCUUGACGAUUCUUCAUAAAACGUGAACAGAGAGAUCCCACUCGUAAGAGAGAGAUUUAAGAUCAUGAUGGAAGGUAUGGAUGACGAGUCAAUGUCUACCAUGGCUCAGUGUGAGAUGAUAGAGGUAAGCACGGUAGAAACAGAAGUCACCAACGACGAGAACCGGAUUGAUUUGUCAGUAGCCGUGGAGACUCUGGCUGGUCAAGACCCCUCUAAUGAUGAUUUAAUCAACCAAGAAAUUUCAGUUGAUGACCUUCCCACACAAGAUGAGUCAGCUGAAGGCCUUCCGAUGCAAGGCGAGUCAGUUGAAGGCUUCCCAGUACAAGGCGAGUCAGUUGAAGGCUUCCCAGUACAAGGCGAGUCAGGUGAAGGCUUCCAAGUACAAGGCGAGUCAGUUGAAGGCUUCCAAGUACAUGGCGAGUCUGUUGAAGGCCUUCCCAUGCAAGGCGAGUCUGUUGAAGGCCUUCCCAUGCAAGGCGAGUCUGUUGAAGGCCUUCCCAUGCAAGGCGAGUCCGUUGAAAGCCUUCCCAUACAAGGUCAACCAGAAGAUGAAAGUCUUCCUGUAGAAGGCCUCAAUGAUCAAGACAUUUCAGUUGAGAAUCAUCCUGCUCAACAUCAGUCAGUGGAUGGCAUAUCUGGUCAAGAACAUGCAGUCAACAUUCUCCAAGAGGAUGGGAACACAGUUGAAACUUACAUAGUGCACGAGCAGCAACUUGAAGGCCUGCAAGGGCAUGAGCAUAUGGUCAGCCUUUCUGGUCAGGUUCACUCUGUCGACAGCAUGCCAGUCCAGACCCAAUCAAUGUUAAGUGGUGACCAUCAUGUUCACAUAGACUCUUCAAAUGUAGUCAUAAGCACGGUAGAGGUGCCUCUUGGUGUGAGUAGCUACACUGAUGCCUCCCAGAUGGAUGCCCAACAGGUCAUGGAAGCCCAACAGGUCAUGGAAGCCCAACAGGUCAUGGAAGCCCAACAGGUCAUGGACGCCCAACAGGUCAUGGACGCCCAACAGGUCAUGGACGCACAACAGGUCAUGGACGCACAACAGGUCAUGGACGCACAACAGGUCAUGGACGCACAACAGGUCAUGGAAGCACAACAGGUCAUGCACCAUAUGGAUCCAAAUAUAGUAGAGGUAUCCCUUGCUGAGGCCGGCAUAGAUUCCACAAUGAGCGUCCAGCAUGAACCUCAAGAAAUGAACACUAACUUAACAGGGGUAGCUCUAAAUGUUGACGGUUAUGGCCAACAGCCUGUUGUUAUCACCCAAUCCUCUCAAGUCAUGGGUCAGGAUGCGAGCGGGAACAGUAUCCCUGUCGAGAUUCUUUCAGGUUCAGAGUCUAUAUCCAUCCAGCAGGUGUCGCAGUCGUACGACCCCAACACUGGUGGCCAUCCACAGUACGUCCAUAUUAUAACGGCACCUGAUGGUUCCAUGAACAUACAGCAAGACCCCCAUGAAAUUCCACUUGCUGUUGAGAUCCUCACCGGGUUAGCCGACUUCAUGAAUUCUCAGCAAAUGCACGAGCAGCCGCAGCUGAUGGACCAGCAGAUGGUGGAUGCCAUCAUGAAGCACAAGAAGCACAAGCACAAGAAGGACAAGAAUAACAAGGACAGAGCCAAGAGGCUUAAGAAAAUCAGACACAAGAAAAUGAAACGGUACAGGCAGACUGAAGAUGCACAGUGGCUCUGCGAGGUCUGCCAGAAACAGUUCGGGAGCAAAGCUAACCUUAAAGUUCAUAUGAUUUGUCACUCUAAUGACAGACCAUAUCUUUGUCACUUAUGCAAUAAAUCUUUCAAACGAAAGCGGUAUCUCAUUGAUCAUAAGAAGACGCAUGCUGGCGGACGACCUUUCUUCUGUAACUACUGCCACAAAGCAUUCGCUAAGAAGAGCUCUCUCAACUGUCACGAGCGUGUUCACACAAACCCCUUCUUGUGCUCGAUAUGCAACAAAGGAUUCUCUGAGAAGCGCGGUCUAAUUAUCCACGUUAGGUCACACACAAAUGAGAAGCCAUAUGUAUGCGGUCUUUGCAACAAGGCAUUCACAUCCAAGAACCCUCUACUCCGGCACGAGCGCAGCCACACUGGCCUGAAACCCUUCACUUGCGACGUCUGUAACAAGGCAUUCACGCGGAAGACCUCCCUGCAUGACCACAUGCGGGUCCACUCAGAUGAGAAAGCAUUCUCGUGCGACACAUGUCAGAAAACCUUUGCGGCACGCAGCAGUCUCAGAAGCCACUUAAACAAAUACCAUCCUGGCGAAAGACCCAAGGUCCCAAAACUCCUGAAGACCUUCAAUAUCCAGCCUGUCGAUACGUCCGCUGAGGCUCGAACAAGAAACUACUACAAUCGUAAGCCAGCCAAAGGCUACGACAAUCUAGAGCGCCCGUUCGUAUGCAAGAUUUGCAACAGGGGAUACACUAGGCAGCGAACGCUUACUGUACAUGAAAGAGUCCAUACCAACCCCUUGAUGUUCGCAUGCAAAGUCUGUGGUAAUGUUUUCGCUGAGAAAAGGUCGCUGAUAAUUCACGAACGAGUCCACACUCGUGAGAAGCCGUUUAACUGCGCCCUUUGUGAGCGAGCGUUCUCCUCGCGCACCGCUUGUAAACGCCACGAGAAAAGCCACGCCGGGCUAAAACCGUACAACUGCAAGGUCUGUGGAAAGGCGUUCACGCGAGGCACGUCGCUACGUGAGCAUGCGCGUAUUCACAAUGAUGACAAGGCUUUUUCGUGUUUAAAAUGUGGCAAAGUGUUCGGAGCAAAGAGUACGUUGAGAAGUCACGAUAAGAAACAUCAUGCGAAUGAAAAACCGUUUGAAAUCCUUAAAAUUAUCUUCACUUAAGAUUCGGUCUUCAGAGACAAGGACCUUUCCAAAGGUUGUGGUCUCAAUUGUGUAUAUAUUUCUCAGAUGUCCUUAUUUCUUUGUUCAGGUGGCAUA